AUGUCAGGCGACCAACGAUCCCACCUCGCCGGAUCUUCGACCGCUGAGCUCCCCGCUUUGGGGGAGCAUCCCCUGAGCAACGAAACUUACGACGACCGCCCCGCAGCAGUAUCAGAACGCUACUGGCGGCUGUUCGAUGACCCAGGCUUGCCACCUGCCAACGGCGCGCCCACCGACCCAUUGCCGGUAACACCCGAGGCUUUCCACGACCUCACCCACCAGGUCUGGACCCUGACAAGCAUGGUCCAGACCAUCAUCCCGAUCAUCUCCCAGCGGACCCCGCCGCACGCACCACAGCAAGAGGCCCCCGCUCAGACUCACGCACAACUUCCCGAGCGCCCCGUCUCACCCCAGAACGCUGCAGCGGAAGACACGGCGAGCCGACCUGAGCCUGAGGUUCCGACCGCCGACUCGGCUAACGCCCUACGGGCUCAGCUGCGCCUUGUCAGCCAAAGGCUCGACGAGGUACAACAGGAAGUCCGCAAGUCAAAAGGAGAGCUCGGGGCGGAUGGGCGCCUGGGAUCCCCGUUUACCCCCGAGAUACAAGGUCAGGCGAUCCCGCCCCACUUCCGCCUCCCGUCUCUCAAUCCAUAUGACGGCGCCACCGACCCGGCAGAUCACGUGGCCGCUUUCCGCGCCCAGAUGGCGCUGUUCGGGACUUCCGAUGCCCUGAUGUGCAGGGCAUUCCCGACGACACUGCGAGGACCGGCCCGCACAUGGUACAGCGGCCUGAAGCCCGGAACCGUCACCUCCUUCGAUCAACUCGCUAAGGAUUUCGAGCUCAACUUCCUGGCGAACGCCCGACCUAAGCCGUCCAUGGCGCUGCUUCUCGGACUCAAUCAAAAGGAGGACGAGCCCCUCUCCCAUUUCGUGAGCCGAUUCGCAACCCAGAUCCGCGGAUUGUCGGAUGCUCACCCUUCUUUCUUGAUGCAGGCGUUCAUGACAGGCCUGCGACCGUCCCGGUUCUUCUGGUCGCUCGUGGAGCGACCCCCCGUCACAGUCCCCGAGAUGCUCCAACGAGCCAGCCAGUUCGUCGCCGCGGAGACCUGGAUGGCUGGAAGGCGGGAAGAACACAAAAAAGUCAAAUCAGAACCGCCCCGACAGCAACAACCCGCCGUCUCCCGGCGAAAACUGGACCGACCCGACACGAGGGCCCCCCUUCCCGUCUUGAAUGCAUCCCGGACCGAGAUAUUCCUACACGAGAAGGGAAAGGGGCUGCUCAAGGACCCUCGCCCGAUGAGGAACCCCCGGGAACUCGCAGACCGCUCAAGAUAUUGCCGGUUCCAUCGACAGCACGGGCACGACACCGAGCAGUGCUAUGAGCUGAAGAAGCAAAUCGAGGAACUUAUUCUCAGAGGACACCUUGGCCGAUACCUCCGCCCAAACAAGGAACAGUCGCCUCACCCCGAGGGUCCUGUCGAGCGGCACAUCGAUGUGAUAGCCGGGGGCCCCGCAUCGGGAGGAGGCUCCAUGUCAGGUAGGAAGGCGUACGCCCGAGCUGCUCCUGACAAAGUCUCGGGGCACGAGCCGGAACCCGAGAUCACCUUCCCAACCGGAGCUUCCGAGCGACCGGACCACGACGACGCCCUAGUAAUAUCAGCCAGGGUUGCCAACGCACAGAUGAGGAGGAUAAUGGUCGACACGGGAAGCUCGGCUGACAUACUCUACCUCGACGCCUUUCAGAAGCUGGGCUUGGUCAAGGAGAAUCUAAGCCCGAUGUGCUCAGCGCUCACCGGUUUCACAGGGGACUCAAUAUCACCCCUGGGGGCCGUUACUCUGCCCCUGACUUUGGGGACCCCGCCGAAAUCAAAGACAGUGAUGACCACCUUCCUGGUGGUCGAUCUUCCUACCGCCUAUAACGCCAUACUCGGUCGGCCCACCCUCAACAAGGUCAGAGCGGUCGUCUCGACCUACUACCAGACCAUUAAAUUCCCAACUCAUGCGGGAGUCGGGGAAGCCACGGGGAGCCCCCGGGAGUCCAGACGGUGCUACCUUACCGCCGUAUCAUUGGGCAGGAGGGCCAGAACCGAGUCACAUCUAGAGGAUCCGCGAGAAGCAAAAAAAUCGACCUCUCAUCCCGAGCCGAAAGGGACCACCGUUGAUAUUCCUUUGCGAGAAGCCCGACCGGACCAAACCAUAAGGAUCGGAUCGGAACUGCCGGAGCAGGAAAGGGGGCGGCUCGUCGGUCUCCUACGGGAGAAUACCGACGUCUUCGCUUGGACCCCUUCGGACAUGACGGGCGUCGACCCAAAGGUCGCCGAGCACCACCUCAAUAUCCCACCUGACGCCCGCCCGGUAAAGCAAAAGGCCCGGCGCCAGGCCCCUGACCGACAGCGUGCGAUACAAGAGGAGGUAGACCGACUUUUAGCCGCGGGCUUCAUAGAAGAGGCCAAGUAUCCCCAGUGGCUGUCCAAUGUAGUCCUCGUAAAGAAACACAAUGGAAGCUGGAGAAUGUGUGUUGACUACACCAGCCUCAACGAUGCAUGCCCCAAAGACUGCUACCCUCUCCCCAAGAUCGACCAGCUAGUCGACGCAACAGCCGGUCACUCACAACUCUCUUUCAUGGAUGCCUACUUAGGGUAUAACCAGAUCAGGAUGGCGCCCGACGACAGAGAACAUACGGCCUUCCUCACCGAUCAAGGUGUGUACUUCUACAAGGUCAUGCCGUUCGGACUAAAGAACGCUGGAGCCACCUACCAGAGAACGGUGAAUAAGAUGUUCGCACAUCAAAUCGGGAGGAACAUAGAGGUUUACGUGGACGACAUGAUCGUAAAGAGCCGAGAAGCCGGGACACACCUUGCCGACCUGGCCGAAGCCUUCACCACGCUGCGCAAAUUCGGCAUGCGGCUCAACCCCGCGAAAUGCGCCUUCGGCGUCACCUCCGGGAAGUUCCUGGGAUUCAUUGUGCACCAGAGAGGGAUCGACGCCAACCCAGAGAAGGUUCAAGCAAUAAUCAAUAUGAAGUCCCCCCGGACGGUCAAAGACCUACAGCAACUCAACGGAAGACUUGUCGCCCUAUCUCGCUUCAUCUCCCGAUUGGGCGAUCGUUGCCUCCCAUUCUUCAGGGCGCUCAAAAACCCGAAGAACUUCCAGUGGACGUCAGAGUGCGAGGAGGCUUUCAAACAAAUAAAACAGCACCUGGCCGACCUCCCUCGGCUCGCCUCCGUCCCCACAGGCGAGAAGCUGGGCCUCUACUUGGCGGCCUCCCAGCACGCAGUCAGCUCGGUACUGGUCAAGGAGAGCUCCGGCCAACAACUCCCGGUCUACUACGUCAGCCACGUCCUAAGUGGACCCGAGGAGCGUUACCCGCCGAUCGAGAAACUCGCGCUCGCCCUAGUACUCUCGGCCCGGAGGUUGCGCCCCUACUUCCAGGCACACCCAGUGGAGGUCAUCACCAACCAACCACUUCGGCAGGUCUUAACGAAAUUUGAUGUUGCAGGACGGCUCCUCAAGUGGGCGGUAGAGCUCGGCGAGCAUGACAUAAGGUACGCGCCCCGUAACGCCAUCAAGGCACAGGCGGUAGCCGACUUCAUCGCGGAGCUGACGCAGCUAGAGGACACGGACCUGGAGAAGGUUCCCGAAGCCUGGACCCUACACGUCGACGGCUCGGCCAACUUGAAGGGCGCCGGAGCUGGACUAGUCCUCCUCGCCCCCGAUGGACGCUCGUUCGAACGAUCCCUUCGCUUCGGGUUCAGAGCCACCAACAACGAGGCCGAGUACGAGGCGCUCUUAGCGGGGCUAAGGCUGGCCCUCGAAAUGCAGGUGACCGCGAUACAUGUCCUCACUGACUCGCAACUCGUGGCCGAGCAGCUCAACGGCGGAUACGAGGCUUGGGACGCAACCAUGGCGAAAUACCUGGCGCGGGUAAGGGACCUGACCACCAAGUUCCGCUAUUUUACAUUGUCUAACGUUCCGAGGGAAGAGAACGGACGAGCCGACGCGCUCGCUAAGCUAGCGUCAAAGCCAACCCCCGAAGCUUGGCCGGGAGUGGAGGAGCUCCCUGCCCGUGCAGUCGAAAUUGCAACCACGGCCCCCGACGGCACUCCAACCACGUGGGUACAAGAGCUGCUGCGCUUCAAGCAGGACGGAACCCUCCCCCCUGAUGAGGAUGCAGCUCGGCGCCUGCGUCGUACGCACGCGUGGUACACCGUGGAGUGCGGCCACCUUUACAAGCGAUCCUUUGCCUAUCCCCUCCUGCGAUGUUUAGAGCCUGACGAAGCCCAGAUGGUUCUGACCGAAACCCACGAGGGGGUAUGCGGCGAGCAUAUCGGCGGACGAACCCUGGCGCACAAGAUACUUCGUCAGGGCUAUUACUGGCCGACCAUGCGCCGAGAUGCCAAAGCCUACGUUCAACGGUGCGCGUCAUGCCAGCAGCAUGCCCGCACGCCCCGACAACCCGCGGUCCCGCUCAGUCCCAUCGACUGCACAUGGCCGUUUGCGCAGUGGGGCUUGGACCUACUUGGACCCUUCCCGCCAGCCUCCGGACAAAGGAAGUACAUAAUUGUAGGGGUGGACUAUUUCACAAAGUGGGUCGAGGCCGAACCACUGGCGACGAUCACGGAACACCAAGUGGAGAAGUUCGUGUGGAAGAACCUGAUAACCCGGUUCGGGUUACCCAAGGCCAUUAUCACGGACAACGGGCCGCAGUUCGCCGGCAAAAGAUUCCGCAAGUUCUGUACCGAUCAGGGCAUCCAGCUGAGGUUCAGCUCGGUUGCCCACCCUCAGACCAACGGGCUAGUCGAGGUGACCAACCGAUCCCUCUUGGAGGGACUCAAAAGAAGAGUGUCCUCGGCCCGAUCGGCCUGGACAGACGAGCUCCCCAGCGUCCUCUGGUCGAUGCGCACCACCCCCAAGGCGGCAACCGGGGAGUCCCCGUACAGCUUGACGUUCGGGACCGAAGCCGUCUUGCCGCCCGAGAUAGCUAUCUCCACCCUCCGGACGAAAGGCUAUGACGAGGAAGUCUCCAACGAGGGACUUCGCGCGAACCUCGACGCGCUCGAGGAGCGACGCGCCGACGCGCACUUGAAAAUCCUCUCUUAUCAGAGAGCAGUCGCCAGGGUCUACAACAGGAAAGUGCGCCCUCGACCAAUAAGAUUGGGCGACCUGGUCCUCCGAAAGACCGAAGUCAGUGACCCGGCCCGAGCCAGGGGAAAGCUAGCCCCCAAAUGGGAAGGACCUUAUCGGGUCGUCGAGGUAGUCCGACCAGGCACUUACCGACUCACGUCGGCAAACGGUCGUCCUUUACCGAGAACCUGGAACGCCGAGAACCUUAAGAAGUACUUCGUAUGA